CCUGUGCUUGAGUUAAGUCAAUUGGCUUUUCCAUACCUGGAAAAAACUAACGGCACUAUAAUUAGCACAUCCAGUGUAUUGGCUGAAAAUCCGAGUAGAUUAAUGGCCGCGUAUUGUAUGUCUAAAGCGGCCAUAGAAAUGGCGACUAAUGUGUUGGCCCACGAGUUGGGCCCUAAGAUAAGGGUUAACUCUGUUAAUCCGGGUAUGACCAACACUCAUCUGUUUGAUGACAUGGAUCCUACCUUGUUCAAAACAUUUAUAAGCCAAACUGUAAGCAAUACACCCCUACAUCGGUUGGGUGAGCCCCUGGAUGUGGCCAAAGCGGUGGCAUUUCUGGCCUCAGCUGACGCCCAGUUUAUUACCGGCGCUCACAUUGCGGUUAACGGCGGCGUCCAAUGGCUCGGCUUA